AUGGGCAUCUGCAAGUACCCCUACUUGUGGAACGACCGAGCGCCGACGGUUUUGGGGGACGGCGUCAUUUUCUUGCUCAAAGACGCCCGGGACCAAUCAUAUAAAGUGCCGCUGAGCCUCUUCCCUAUGUUCCUGCGACCUGAACUGCACGGGGUACGAGCGGUCAUCGAGGCCUUCUCCGACGAAGGCGCCCUUGUGCGCAGCGAUCACGAAGCCGCCGGCGUGGGCUUCGUCAAAGAGACUGGAACAUGCACCGCACUAGACCUCACCGUCACAGUCGCACUCGGAAAAGCUGGCACCGCGAAGACCAACUACACCCUCGACCGUUGGGAAUGA